AUGGCCGGCUGGCCGGCGCCGCCCUCGAGCGCGCCGGUGCUCAGCGACGUGGACGAUCCGCUCGCGGGGCACCCGCGGUAUGAAAAGAUUCGCUGGGCGAAUCCCGACAAGCCCAAUGUGCAGGUGGCGCUGGACAGGGUGGCUUCGCGCAAUGUGGCCGUGAAAUUCAUCGAGCGAGGUGCCAAAGUGACCAAGCACGUGAAAAGGGAGAUUCUGCACCACCACUCGCUGGUGCACCGCAACGUGGUGAGGUUCUACGACGCGUUCCUGACGCCGACCUACCUGGUCAUCGUGCAAGAGCUGGGGGAGAUGAAUUUGUGGCAGCAUGUGUGCAACCGGGGUGGGCGGCUGGCGGAGGAGGAGGCGCGAGGGUUCUUCAGGCAGAUGAUUGAGGGGCUGGAGUACUGCCACUCGAUGGGCGUGGCCAACAGGGAUAUCAAGCUGGAAAACUCCAUCCUCAAGACGCAGUACGCCGGGGGCGUCUCCACCCCCGUGCUCAAGCUAUGCGACUUCGGCUACGCGAAGGGUGACAGCGACUCCAACGCCAUUAGCCUUGUGGGCACGUCCUCCUAUGUCGCCCCAGAAGUUGUGGAUCCCUCCAAGCGGGACCCUAACCCAAACGCCGGGCAGCGCAUCUACAAUGCGAAGAUGGCCGACAUCUGGUCCGCCGGCGUGGCCCUCUACGUGAUGAUAGAGGGCAGGUUUCCCUGCGGCACGGAGAAAUCGAAUGGCUGCAUGGAGGCGCUUCUCAAGAGGAUUGCCGCCAUGAAACUCGACCCCCCACGGUUGAUGAGCCCGGGCGCAGUUGAACUGGUCAUGGGCAUCUUCAAAGCUUCGGCGGAGCGGGACACGAUCGCGAAGAUCAAGGAGAGGGCAUGGUUCAAGGACGGAAUGGGCUCAGCCCCGGCAUCCGAGCCUGAGCUGCCAGCGGAGGAGGGGGUACCUUCUGUGGCAGAGCUGGAGGCGGUCAUCAAGAAGGCUGAGAUCGCUGAGCUGGGCACCAACCUGAGCAUCGACGAGCUAAUGGACUCAGUGGAAAUGGAGUAG